GGGGGACCUGACUGUUGCCAGCUCCCGGAUCGCGCUGAGCGCCGGGACAGAGAACGCAGGGACUCACCACGGUAUGCGUGUUGGCUCCCAAAGCUGAGCAGCCGCAAUGUGGCAUCCGGCUCUGGAACCAGGCUGGAAGCCGCUGCUGGCGCUGGUGCUGGCGCUGACCAGCCUGCGAGGGGCGACAGCCUCUGAGGCGGAACCCAGCGCAGAUGAGAGCUUCCAGGUGGUCACCUUCAAAUGGCACCACGUCCAGGAUCCAUACAUCAUCGCACUUUGGAUCCUAGUGGCUAGUUUGGCCAAAAUCGUCUUUCACCUGUCCCACAAGGUCACCAGUAUCGUCCCUGAGAGUGCUCUGCUCAUCGUUCUGGGCCUGGUGCUGGGCGGCAUCGUCUGGGCAGCUGACCACAUUGCGUCCUUCACACUCACACCCACGCUCUUCUUCUUCUACCUGCUGCCCCCCAUCGUAUUGGAUGCUGGAUACUUCAUGCCCAAUCGACUCUUCUUUGGUAACCUGGGCACCAUUCUGCUAUAUGCUGUUAUUGGCACUAUAUGGAAUGCAGCCACCACAGGACUGUCCCUCUAUGGUGUUUACCUCAGUGGCAUCAUGGGUGACCUGAAGAUUGGACUCCUGGAUUUCCUGCUUUUUGGUAGCCUCAUUGCUGCUGUGGACCCUGUGGCUGUGCUGGCUGUGUUUGAGGAAGUCCACGUCAAUGAAGUUCUUUUCAUCAUUGUUUUCGGAGAGUCACUGCUGAAUGAUGCAGUGACUGUGGUCUUGUACAAUGUUUUUGAGUCUUUUGUGACACUGGGUGGUGACAAGGUGACUGGCGUGGAGUGUGUGAAAGGAAUAGUGUCCUUCUUCGUGGUGAGCCUAGGGGGGACUCUGGUGGGUGUUAUUUUCGCCUUCCUGCUGUCCCUGGUGACUCGCUUCACCAAGCAUGUGCGAAUCAUCGAGCCUGGCUUCGUCUUUGUCAUUUCCUACCUGUCCUAUCUGACCUCCGAGAUGCUGUCCUUGUCAGCCAUCCUGGCCAUCACCUUUUGUGGAAUCUGCUGCCAGAAGUACGUGAAGGCCAAUAUCUCAGAGCAGUCGGCCACCACUGUGCGCUACACCAUGAAGAUGCUGGCCAGUGGAGCAGAGACCAUUAUCUUCAUGUUCCUGGGCAUCUCAGCUGUGGACCCACUCAUUUGGACAUGGAACACGGCUUUUGUGUUGCUGACGCUGGUCUUCAUUUCUGUCUACCGAGCCAUUGGUGUUGUUCUGCAGACCUGGAUCCUGAAUCGUUACCGCAUGGUGCAGCUAGAGACCAUUGACCAGGUGGUCAUGUCCUAUGGUGGCCUGCGUGGGGCAGUGGCCUAUGCCUUGGUGGUACUUCUGGAUGAGACAAAAGUCAAGGAGAAAAAGCUGUUUGUCAGCACCACUCUCAUCGUGGUCUUCUUCACAGUCAUCUUUCAGGGCCUGACCAUUAAGCCCCUGGUGCAGUGGCUGAAGGUGAAGAGGAGUGAGCAGCACGAGCCGAAGCUCAACGAGAAGCUACACGGCCGGGCUUUUGACCACAUCCUCUCAGCCAUUGAGGACAUCUCAGGACAAAUUGGACACAAUUAUCUCAGAGAUAAGUGGUCCAAUUUUGAUAGGAAGUUCCUCAGCAAAGUCCUCAUGAGAAGAUCAGCUCAAAAAUCUCGAGAUCGGAUUCUGAAUGUUUUCCAUGAGCUGAAUUUGAAGGAUGCCAUUAGCUAUGUGGCUGAGGGAGAGCGCCGUGGGUCCCUGGCCUUCAUCCGCUCCCCGAGUAUGGACAAUAUGGUCAACGUGGACUUCAGCACACCCCGCCCAUCUACUGUGGAGGCAUCUGUCUCCUAUCUCUUGAGGGAGAAUGUCAGCGCUGUGUGCCUGGAUAUGCAAUCCUUGGAGCAGAGGCGGAGGAGCAUUCGUGAUACUGAGGACAUGGUCACUCACCACACACUGCAGCAGUACCUGUACAAGCCUCGACAGGAGUACAAGCAUCUCUAUAGCCGGCAUAAGCUAACACCCAACGAGGAUGAGAAACAGGACAAGGAAAUCUUUCACAGAACCAUGAAGAAGCGCAUGGAGUCCUUUAAGUCAGCUAAGCUAGGCAUCAACCAAAACAAGAAGGCAGCCAAGCUGUACAAGAGGGAGCGUGCACAGAAGCGGAGGAAUAGCAGCAUUCCUAAUGGGAAGCUGCCUACGGAGAACCUGGCACACAACUUCAUCAUCAAGGAGAAAGAUUUAGAACUUUCAGAGCCCGAGGAGACCACCAACUAUGAAGAGAUCACUGGGGGCAUUGAGUUUCUGGCCAAUGUCACCAAGGAUGUAACCUCUGAAUCUGGGGCAGGAAUUGAUAAUCCUGUGUUCUCCCCUGACGAGGACCUGGACCCAAGCAUCCUAUCCAGGGUGCCGCCCUGGCUGUCCCCUGGGGAGACCGUGGUGCCCUCUCAGAGGGCCCGUUUCCAGAUUCCCAACUCUCCCAGCAACUUCCGCCGUCUGACACCAUUCCGCCUCAGCAACAAAUCAGUGGAUUCCUUCCUGCUGGCCGAUGGCCCUGAGGACCAGCUCCAUCCCGCGUCCCCUGAGUCCACACACAUGUGACACAGGCUCUGACACACCGCUUACCGGAAGCUUGUAUUCGCAUUGGCCAUCUGCAGCUGCUCAGCAGCCCUUGCUCCCUUCACGGCUCGCUAGCCCACGUGCUCCGAGUCCCGUCCCACCUGAGCGCGUCUCGCCCGGUACUUUCGCCUCCAGUGAACCUGGGCCGGAGCCAGAGCACCGGGCCCUGCCCAGUGCGCAUGCUCGGUCUGCGGCCGCGCGCCGCGUUCACAGCCGGCGCUCCUUCCAGAGGCCUCGCCCUCGCCGCCGCCCAGCUCUCCUCAAGCUCGCCUCUCUUCCGGGCUCUACUGAACUGCCUCCACAAGCUCUGGAGCAAGAAGAGACGCCUUUGUGAUCGCUGCCUGGCCUGCGGCCAGCUCCAAGAAUCUCCUUCAGUGGCCCCUCCCCAACCAGCUAGGGUUUCUUAGGGUCCACUGCUCUCUGGGAGUCUUAUGCCUGGUCUGGCCCUAGGAAGAAUCUUUUCACCCUCCGGGCAUUCCCAGGAUAUACACUGCCUCCGCCGUUUUCUUGCCCUGGUUCAGUCCUUACUGCUCCGAGGUGCUGCGCCCCCAGUUCCCCAACACCCCCACACCCACAUACCAAGAGAGCACUUGUUAAGUAUUUACCACUCUUACUCAAAGAGGAGGAAGACCCCUGAGAGGCCUGUGGUGGACCUCUUAUCACUCUCUAGUACAAAGGUCUUACAAAUUAAUAUUUGUGGAAGUUGCACCGCCAAGCUCAGACGCAUCCUAAAAGGGCAGCAGGUUCCUGUGCAUUUCCAGGGAUACAUACCUCUGAGGCCCUUUAGACCCCCUUCCAAGAUCUCCAGACUGAAGAAAUAUUUGUUCCAAUUUUGGCUCCUCUAGCUCAAGGGACUUCCCAUGUUGGGUCCCUCCCAGCCUGGGCCUUGCCCACACAAACAAGGUGUCUUGCCUGAGCUGUCCCUAAGGUGGGAAUACUGCAGAUGGCCAGGCUGGUUGGGCUGGGGACUAGAGGGGGUCCACAGGAAAUCUCUGGCUUCAUCUACUGAGGGCAGGGAGACCUGGGGACAUAGAAGGGCUCUGCAUCACCUAGAAGGGAGGCAUGGUCACCUUUCCUCAGAAGUCCAGUCUUGUCUUCUUGGACUUGACUGAGUUUUGCUUCCAGCCCACUGGAAAUUUGGCCUGUACCACAGGAUCUCACUUGAAGGAGGCUGAGAUGAGGCUAAUGGUGGAUUUAGGGACCUCCUGGAGACUUCUGAAACAAACCACUCAGCUCUCUGCUCAGGAAACUAAAUACUGUGUCUCAGGAACAAGGUUGACAAUUACAUUCACAGGAGUCCCAAGAAGGUCCGUCAGUUUGUAUUAAUGCUGCAAUUGAAGCAUGGAUAGGAAGAGUGGACAAUUUCCUAUUCACAAAUCAAUGAAUACACAGUAAAUUUGCACAACGUACUGCAUUCUACUUCAGGGUAUCAUUCCCCAAAUGAACCUGUCUGUCGGCACACUGUUGACUGGCUAGCUCAGGGUGUCAUUCCCCAAAUGAACCUGUCUGUCCGUACACUGUUCACUGGCUAGCUCAGGCUCAGCCAUUAGAUGCUCACAAUCUGGUUUUCACAGCUUCUCCCUUGAAGCAUUUUGACCAUUUCUGAAAUGAAGUCCAACCACUGUAAAGUGAAUGCUGUGGUCAGUAAUCCCAUCAGACGCUCUGGAGCGGCCGCUGGAGUACCACCUAGGUAGGCUGUGCCUGGCUACUGUACCAGAGGUGUUCCCAGAGGCACCUAUCGAUCCCUGCUUUGCAGACAAGUUUCUCAUGCCUGCCUGUGCCAGGACAUUGCCUUAACCCACCACCUGAUUUGUUGGACAUGGAGUCUAAUUCCCACUGCAGAAUUAGAAGCCAAGUCUGACUAGACAGUGCCUCAGGGGCUGUCACCUUGCAACAGAUAUCCAGAUACCAAAGCUAGCAACCAGGUGAUAAAUCUUUCUACACUCUGUCCCUGUGUUUUAGCCGACAGGCUACGUUCUUUGAGUUUGUGAACUACACCUGGGCAUAGCCACAUGGAACCAGAAUUUUGACAGGAAAGCCUCAUUCGCAAAAACCCAUUUCCUGUGCUUAGAUGACAUGGUAGCUACGUUUCAUAGUUGAGGACCCUCCCCCCCCGUCAAUGUUGUACAAUAGAAUGUAAAAUCCUAUGAAUGUAUUUCCUUAGGAAAACUGUUGUAAAAUUUUUUUUUAUUAGGAGAGAAUAUUUAUUUAAUACUGAACUUUGACCUACUUUGUGGUACUACAAAGUCCACAUCUGUAUUUUCUUUAAAAUAAUUUUAUUACAGUGUUCAAUAUACUAUGUAUUACUGAUCUUUUUGUGAAAGAAAAUUUAAAGAUUUCAUCAAAACUAGAAAUAUAUUUUGAGAGGAUAAAACUGUGUAUUAAUGUUGUGAACAUAAUCAAGUUGAACUUUGUUUAAUUCUGAUCACAGCAUAAUGUGCCUUAAAAUGCCCCUCCGAUGCAUUGGGCAGCAUCUGUACAGGGAACAACAUCAAAACUGUAGUGACUGCUUAUCUAAAGUCUAUUAAAAAUAUUUCAAGGCA